AUGGUGGCGCAACCUAGUGACCGUCAGGGGGCGCUGUUUCACUUGACAUGUGCUAGUCUCAAGCAUGUAGUUAGCAUCCAGCGUGGUGAGAUGACACACUCCAGGUGCGAUCAGAUGGCUCAGCAGGAGGAGCCUCUGUAUGAUUUCCCAGAGCCCGCAAAGUCGUGUCAACGCAAGCUGCUGUGUCCUCAAAGGGGACGGGGGUCCCUAAGAAGCAUCAGCGUGCUGGACCGCCUCCUGCUUACGGUUCCCGUCUGGCUCCAGCUGUCAAUCAACCAUGCCACAGCACUGCACAUCCUGCAGAGAGAGCCUCCCGGGACGUUCCUGGUGAGAAAGUCCCGCACGUCCCAAAGAAAAGUGCUUUGUGUUCGUUUGGCGGACGUCAGCGUGCCAUCCUUCGUUCAGCAGUUUGGCAUCAGGGAGGAACAGUCCAUAACUCUGUCUCUGGAGACUUCAGCCAUCAGCUUUCCAGAUCUCCCAAGACUUCUGUCAUUUUACUGUGUCAGCAGAGAUGUGUUGCCUUUCCCUCUGGAGCUUCCUGAAGCCAUCGCUAAAGCAGCUUCGCAUAAGGAGCUGGAGUCCAUCUCUCAUAUGGGAAUCGAGUUCUGGAGCUCCCACUUAAAUGUCCGAGGGCCACGGGAGACACCGAAGACCAGGAAAGAUGAGAAGGAGCGAGAUGUUGCAACAUCAGUGUCACCUCCACCCCAGCCAGAUUCACCCAAUCCAGACAACCAUCCUCCAGCUGCGCCCGAAUCGGACACCAAUGAUAAAAAAUCUGACCCAAGUGCCACUUUGUUCCACAAGUUUUGCCCGAUCACGACGCGCAGCCCCAGAGAGCUGGACUGCGGCUCUGGCCAGGGCGCGCUCUGCUUCAUCAACCCUCUCUUCCUGCAGUCUCAGAACGCCUUGUCCAGACGGCACAUGUUCAAACGCAGCCUCAAAGUUCGGGUUUCCACGGAGACGUUGACCCAACUUUCACCUCCGCUCGCUCCGCCACCUCCUCCGCCACUCAUGCCCAAAACCAAAGGGAGGUGUAAAGUCAAAAAGGUGGGGAAAGAAGCCGCUCAGCCUAGUGAAGCUGCAGCUGAUGAUUCUCAGAAACAGGAGAAUCCAUCAGGAGCUCCUUACUUCCUGUUUGAGACGCAGGAGGAGGAGGAGCAAGCAGGCUCCGAAACAGACCAAAACAAAGCAGGAGUCAGAGAGGAAGACACCUCAGCUCAGCUUCCAGCAAUAAAGGAGCAACUUUUAGAUGAAUACAUGACUCCUCCAGUGAUCAACUCCCACUCACUCUCUCCUUACCAAUCACCGUCUGUUUCUCCCAAGGCACUUCCUUUUUCCCAAAAAUGUUCUCCCUCACUCUCUUCUCAUGAUUCCCCCUCUCCUUAUCAGUCUCCUUCUUUGUCUCCUAAACUUCCUACGUCUCUCUCCCCAAACCGCUCGCCCAGCAUCUCUCCAUCCCGCUCUCCCGUCCCCUCCCCGCCCUCCUCUCCGCUGACAGACCUGUUUUGCCGCACACCUGCUGCUCCUUCAGGAGCAGAGAGGGAAUCGGGGGAGGAGCUGCUCACAGAUAGAAAUCAGGACGAUGAAGAGGAUUUGAAUGAGGAAGAAAGCGUGGCGCUACGGAUGAGCGCUGCGCGUCUUGAAGAAAUGGAGAUUGGCAGUUUGAGCGGUGAUGUUGAGGAAGCAGUAGAAACUUCGCCUCCUUCAGCCAGCGAACAAACCACAGUUCAAGCCUCCAGCGAACAAACGUAA